UACUGUUUUGUGGUCAAUGCAUAAUAUUUUGUUCUGUGACAAUUUCAGUAUUUUAUUACCAUUAUAUUUUAAUAUGGUUGCGUAUUCAACAAAUUGUAUAUUUCUUAAAAAAACAAUCAAAAAUUAGUUAUCCAACGCUUAGCGACAAUUAUUUUUGCUUGUUAUAUAUGCUUUUUUUUUAAAUAUAUAACAGUUCUUGCUAACCAUUGGGAAAUCCGUUAUUUGUCCAUCUGAUGUACAAAUAUCCUUUAUAAUUGGAAAAUGCACCUUAACGCGGAUAUUUCUAGUGCUUUGCAACUAUUGGAAGACAUAAAGCAAACAGUUGACAACUUGGGAGACCCAAAACUUCAAUUAAAUACAAGUCAGGACUUACAUCUGUUAAUAAGCGUUUUAGAGAAUCCAGUCUUUCGGAGUAUAGUUACUGUACAGGAUUCAAUAAGUGAAUUAAAUCAGCAGCUUGGACAGCAUCCUUCAAUUUUACCAGUUGAUUUUGAUAUCACAGCUGCAGGUGAAUUAGUGUUGAAUGUACCUCCAGCAGGUGAAUUAUAUGAUCCAGAUUAUACAGAUGAUUAUCCACCUAAUAGAGAUUUUGAUGAACAAAGGGUACCUUCUGCACCUAUUUCACCUAGUUCUCCUCAAAUACCAAUUUUAAAUAAUUCCGAGAACCAUAUGUUAUUAGCCAAUAGCCCAAAACUGAAUAGUGAACUAAGCAAUCCUGAGUCAUUACACCUCAUACAGAAUAACUCAAAUGAUGAUGAACUUCAACGAUCUCCUUCUGUGGGAAGUAAUAGCUCUAAAACUGAACCUGAUUUAAUAAAAUUAAUAAAGAGUGAAUGGUCUCAGAUUGAAAACAUUACCCUUGUCAAUGAUGGAUCUGGCUUAGGGUUUGGUAUUUUAGGAAUGAGAAAUAUGGGUAUAGUGGUAAAAACAAUUUUGCCUGGUGGUGUUGCAGAUCGUGAUGGGAGAUUACACAGUGGUGAUCAUAUUCUGCAGAUUGGUGAAGUGAAUCUUCAAGAAAUGAAUUCAGAGGCAGUAGCUGGUGUUUUACGACAAUCUGGUACUCAUGUGAGAUUGGUAGUUGCCAGGCCAGUACCCAUAACUUCCACUGAAUAUAGGUAUCUGGGAAGUGCUGCACCCCUUGUCCCUACACAUUUACUACAAGAUUUUGUCGAGUUGGAUAAUUAUCUUAUUCAGCAUAAUCAUGAACCAGUUUUUCAAAGAAACAUUGAUACAGAUUUGUAUCACAAUGAUGUAUCUAUGCCAUAUGGAAAUUCUGGGUUAUCUAGAGUUCGAGCGUCAUCUUCUCUACCAUUACUAAAUUUGGAUAUGGUUGUAAAAAUGCCAGAAAUGGAAAAGUUUGAUGUAGAAUUAGAGAAAGAUGCUAAUGGUUUGGGUAUUACAAUUGCUGGUUAUGUUUGUGUUAAAGAAGAGCUUUCUGGAAUAUUUGUUAAAAGUGUCAAUAAAGGUAGUGCAGCAGAUUUAAGUGGCAAAAUUAAAGUAAAUGAUCGAAUUGUGGAAGUUGAUGGCCAAUCAUUACAAGGAUAUACCAAUUUUCAAGCUGUUGAAGUAUUGAGGAAUUCUGGAAAUGUUGUCAAAUUAUGUUUAGAGAGAUAUCUACAUGGGCCCAAAUACGAGCAACUACAACAAGCUAUUGCUGCUAGCGAGAUAAAACCGGCGUCUCCACCUGAUGUGUCACGAUUUCUCAAAGAAGAAGGGACAUUAAUUCUAAAUGGUAGUAAUGUUCAUGAUUCCAGUCAGGUCCAUAAGGAAAAUUACAAUGUGUUUUCAAAAAACGAAGCUAUAAAUGAAGAAGCUCUUCAAAAGAAGUGGCAAAAAAUAAUGGGCCCAGAUACUGAAAUAAUUAUAGCACAGUUAACCAAAUUUGGAGAGAAAGGAGGAUUAGGCAUUAGUUUAGAAGGCACUGUAGAUGUAGAGGAUGGACAAGAAGUUAGACCACAUCAUUAUAUCAGAUCAAUAUUACCAGAAGGUCCAGUAGGAAGAAAUGGCACCUUAAAAUCGGGAGAUGAAUUGCUAGAAGUAAAUGGCCACAAACUUUUAGGAAUGAAUCAUCAUGAGGUUGUGAGCAUUUUGAAAGAACUACCCAUUAAUGUGUGUAUGGUAUGUGGUAGAAAUCCAUUUAAUUUAUUAGUUCAGAGAGAGGACUCAAUUACAGAACGAGGAUCUUUAAACAGAAGCUUACAUAAUCUUCUACCUGUAUCUGAUAGACUUGUUAAAGCUAAAUCAGAUGGGUCAUUAGCAAGUAGUAUUACAGUAUUAGGAUCCUCAGAUCAAACUUUUACCAAAAUGAAGUCACGUUCACUAGAACCACUAACUGGUUUAGCUAUGUGGAGCUCAGAUCCACAAGUAAUUGAAUUAGUUAAGGGCGAACGAGGAUUAGGAUUUUCAAUUUUAGAUUAUCAGGAUCCUAUUGAUCCAAAUGACACUGUUAUUGUAAUUAGAAGUUUAGUUCCUGGUGGAGUGGCGCAACUUGAUGGAAGAUUAAUCCCGGGUGAUCGUUUGUUAUUUGUUAAUGAUACAUUAUUAGAAAAUGCUUCCCUGGAUCAAGCUGUACAAGCUCUUAAAGGUGCUCCAAGAGGAAUUGUAAGAAUUGGUGUAGCCAAACCUUUACCCAUUCCAGAUACUGUAGGACAUAAUUCCUUAAUUGAUAUUGAGUCAAGUAGAUUUAUUUCAAGUAAUCCAAUACUCAAUUAAUAGACCUACGAGAAACAACAUUAUUUUUGAUGUCGAUGUUAAAAUCCAAAAACAAUUAUGCCACUUCAAAAACUUGUAAUAUUUUUAGGGAUUUGUUUUUAUCAUUUGCGCAGAUAAUGAUUACAAUAUAUUAUAAAUAGAAUAACUAUUGAACAGCUUAAAAACUUUCAUUAUCAGUAUGUGGAGAGAGUUAAGUUUGGAAAGUCCAUUGCCAAAUGCAAAGUAGAGAUACUGGAUGUGAUUUUAUUUCCAUCAAACCUAAGUUGCCUCUAUUCAGAAGUUCUUCCUAAGGGAGCUAGCGCCCUUUGAAUAUGACACUGUUAUAUCCGUUUUUAAGCAUAAAACAUCGCUUCUUUGAAACUUCAAACUAAUUGUAUAACUAGUAUCUGCAGUUCACCUUUUGCAGAAGGGUGUAAUGAAAUAUUGGUUCUCCUAUUUUUUGUUAACACUAGUUGGAGUGAGUAGAUAAUUUGUAAUAUUGAGAAACAAUUGUAACAUAUAACCAUUUUGUAAAAUACAUAGUAUUGAGCCCAACCAAAAUUUUCAAUUCAACUCACUGAUUCACAUGUUUACAGGUACUGUCUUUUCAAACAGACUAUGCAGAAAUAGUCUUUCUCUUCAUUGCUACUGUGGUUAUUAUCAAUUUUAAUAUCUUUGGCUGCAUUUUUUUCUUAUUACUUAUUAUUUUGUUCUCUUUAUAUUCCUUUUCAAUUUCUUCUUUUCCCGGAGUCUCUGUGCAAAUUGAGGUUUUUUAAAACCUUUUUUCAUUUCUUCUGGGCAGUGCCUUUUUUUUAUUUUUUGUAUUCCUAUAUGCUUAAUAAAUUGCUAAAGUGAAAACUUGACUUAAAGUAACAUUCCUAAUAAUAUUAAAAGCUUUAGGUUGUAAUGAUUAUUAUUUUUUGUUUUAUUAUAUCUAGAUAACAAAAAAUAUUUAUUUAAUCAAUAUCACAGCUUGAAUGAUGCAAAAUUCAAAAUAAACAAAACAAGGAAAAAAUUGUAUAUUGACAAAACUGCCCUUUUUGAAUAUCAAUUACAGUUUGUAGAUAUCUAGACAUUGACUAUUCUAACUCUUAUACUUCGAUAAAAUUGUGUUCAAAGCUCCAGUUAUUUUUUAUUUUCACUUAAUUUCUAUUUGUUAUUAGUACUAUUUAUGUAUUUCUUAAUGUCAACUAUAGAUUUUCGAUUUUAUUAGGAUAUGUUUAAAGGAAUGGGUUUAAAUGACGUUUCAGAAAUUAUGGCGACCAAUAGAUGGUAUCUUCAUUUUUUCAGAUAGUUCAUUUUGACGUCUAUAACAUAUGUAUUAUAAACUCUUGCAGACUAUAUACUACCAUUACGCUUUGCCGUAACUUUUAUAAUUCAAUUUCAGUACUUUAUUGACAUUUUUUUAAUGAUUAAUAUUCCUAUCAGAAUCAAAUCGCCCCAUUCUAGCCCUUAUUAUAAGUUAGCUGGCUAAUUUGCCACUAAAAAGUUAAUUUUCAUCACUUCCACUAUGCAAAUAGUCUAUUUACAAAUCUGUAGGACUUACAUCUUCGCCACAUAUUUUACUUGAGAAUACAAUUUUGGUAUUGAUUGUAGUUUUUUUCGAUAAUGUUUACUGAUUUGUUCAACAACACGCAAACAUUAAUUUAUGAAAAGUCAAAUACCAUAAGGACAUUUUCUUUUAAUUGCAAAUGGUACUGGAUGCAAUUGACUUUCUCAUUUUUAUUUCAUUUAAUUGCACAAUACUCUCUCACAACAAAAAUGAAGUUUUUCAACUAAGUGUACAACAUAGGAGCUUGACAGAAAAUAAUUAUCAUAUCAGUUCACUCAAAUAAUAUAUAUAUCAGUUUGCAAUUUUGCAUGUAUUCGUCGAUAAGACUGCUGACAUAACUUUCGCGAAAAGGUGCUGACUUAAUAUGUUUGGAUAUAAUAUGUACUGAUUUAUAUUUCCUGCUAUAAAACGUGGAUUAUACUUACUCGUGUAUUGACAUACACCCCCAUAACAUAACACAACCUUAACCAAUGAAAAGAAAUGGAAAAAUUGAGAACAUGGAAACAUAACUACAGUUUAUUUGAAUAAGAUAAUCCCUUUUUAUUGUUUACUCUAUAUUUACAAUUCACAAAAACAUAAUAAAAACACUUCCGGUAUCUAAGAUACUUAUUUAAAUUGCAAGGUAGUUCCUUUUAUGAAGUAGCAAAGAUACUAGUUACUUUUUGUCCAAAAAUAAGUAUUUAGGAUACCAAGAUACUUUUUUAAUAGCUGUGUCCAUUAAAUUUGUAAUUUAAUAUGAUAAACUGUAUGUGAGGCUUUUAAUGAUAAUUUUUAGAGGUAUAAAAUGUUUAUUUUUAUUUAAAUUAUAAAAAAAUAAUCUAAUAGUCCAUGAAUAAAACUAUAAUGUGUUCAUUUGGUUUGAUAAAAAUAAAUAAAAUAUAUUUGUGACUAUCUAAGAUUUUGCAUUAUUCUGCUCAUAUUCUAGUCAUUGUAUGACUGAUAUUUAUUUCGUUUGGUUAAGUUCCUAAAAGCCCGAUGUUCCUUUACUAACCGAUAUCAUUCUAAUAAAUUCUUUCUUUAUAUCGUCGUUUCAUGUAAUUUAUGUACUUUGACUUUUUUAGAAAAGAUCGAUACUGGUUUUCAUAAUUUGAUAAUAAUUUUGGAUUUAUAAUUUUCACAAGAAUAACAAUUGAACUGAUUCCACAUGAUUAUAAAAGUUUCAGUUUUAAACGAUGUAUUGGUAUGCCCAUUUCUUCAAUAUACUAAUACCGGAAUUGUUUAUUUAUUUGGUUAUACAAGCACUAUUGAGAAAAUAAGGAACAUUUUGGAAUCAAAAAAACAACAGUCGCCAAAUAAAUUGACGGUGGACAAACUUUGAAAUUCCUUCAGUCAGAGUUUUGCCGCCUGGUACUCAUUAACGCGCACCCGCAACUUGUCCUCAAAAUGUUGUUGUUAGCCAGUUCUUCUAAUUAAGUGAAAAUCACUAGAUACAACAUCGGGAGUAGGUAUCUCUCAUUUGAAUGACCUAAGGCGUUUUCAAGUUCGGUUUGUCAUAUAAGAUCGGGCAUUUAAAAAAAACGUCAACUUUCCUUGCUUGUUUUGAAUUGCUUUACUAAGGUCGCGCAAAGUUUAACAGUACCGUCUAGUUCAUUGUUGUACACGUUUUCUAUCCAUCCCAAAAGAUACUCUUCAUCAUUUUCAUUUGUGAGGGGUUUGCGAACAAUUCUUCCUUUUUUGAGAAAGUGUGUGCUUUCACUCCUUGGACUGCAAUUUUGUUUAGCAAUUGACGUGAUUCACUCACGUCUCCUCACAGUUUCAAACAAUAAAAUCCUUAAAACAUGUGGAAAACCAAGUAACAGCUCGGUUUCACGAACCUUUUCAUCAAUUUUAGCAACCAGUUCGUCGGUAGUAAUGCUUGAACGUCCACUUAUAUCUUCAUUGUGAAUAUUAGAUUAAUCAUAUUUAAACUGAAUGCACUAUUUCCAGACUGAACUGAUGUUUACGUAAACUUUACACGUUUGUUGAUACUCUUCCAUAGCUCUUUGGUUUUUUCCCAACCGAAUUACCCGCACAUCAUCACUGAUUGCUGCAUUUUAAUUUUUAGCGCGCAUACUAAAUUUGAAUAUAUAAAAAAUGGCGACAGUGAAAAUGUUUUCGUUUUGAUUUCUAUACGUAGACUGAUAAGUGAUCAGCGCGCUCCUAGCGGUGUCAUUCUUGCUCAUUUUUGCUCAUUUUGUCCAUUACAUAACAAUUUUCAUCUAUACAUCCAUUAUUUACUGUAUUUGAAAACAUAUCAUUUUACAAUUUUAUUGAAAAAAUAGCAUUUGUGACAAAAUACCAUUUUUUUGUUUGGCCUAUUAACCAUACUAUUAAAUUACCGAGAUCACUAUUCAGAAAAUUGAAUUUGAUUUCAAAUCAAAUUUAUUACUUAUAUAUAACUUAUAUACUUAUAACUUACAAAUAUGAUUGAUGUACAGUAGAAUCUCGAUAUAUCGUAUCUCCAAGGGGACAGUGUAAAAACAUGAUAUAUCGAGAUAUUCACUAAAUCGGGAUUAUGAAAUUUUUAAGGAGGGGUGGGGUAGAAUAAUGAAAUUUUCAUAGAGUUUUAAAAUAGCAUAUUUUAUUUAUAUAACAUAAAAAAAAUUAAGUAAGAAAUUACAAAAUUAUUAGAUUAAUUUGUAUGUACAAAGAUAGGUAAAUAUUUUAUUUAAAAUAAUCCCUGAUUUUCUUUCGAAUUAAACCGCGUUGUCUGGUGCUGUCAAUAGCAUUUUCUAAAAUAUUGAUAGCCGCAAACACAUUUUCGUCGACUUGAGAUCGGGCUAAAAAGUGGCGUAUGCUGUUCAUAUAUUGCUUAGCCACUGUAGGUAUUAUAGGACAUUAUCUUCUUCUUCCGUUUCUUCUGUUGGAGCUAAAAUCUCUUCUUCAGUGAGCAUCCCUGUUACAGCAAUGUCAUCAUCAAAAUGGACGAUGUCUUUAAAAGUGACGGGAUUUUCCUCAUUUUGUGUAACUAGGUCCCAUCCAAACGGUGCUUCUGGUUCCAUGAUUGACUGCUCCUCUUCCUUUAUAAAACCACAAGUUCGAAAACAAUUUUUUAUUGUCGGGUUUCUUAUAUUUUUCCAGGCUUUGUCGGCUAUAUUCAGAGCAGAAAACAAUGUCAGUUUGUAUUCAACCCCUUCCUCAAGACUGUCUAAAAGCUGCAUCACUACUUCCUUUCGAUAAAAAUUAUUCCUUAAUCCAAGCGCUGAAGGACUGAUGUUGUGUUAGCAGGCAUAUAAAAUACCUUUACAUUACUUAGAGGGGAUAUGUUAUUGUGGGCAGUACAAUUGUCUAAAAAUAAGAAAAUUUUUCUAUUUUUUCUUUGGAAGUCAAGAUUAACUGAAAUAACCCAUUCAGCUGUCAUAUAUGCCUUUUUGUUGGCCCGAUAAGUCAUAGGAAAAGUUUUUAUGUUUUUAAAACACCUUGGUUUGGCAGAUUUACCGAUUAAUAGUGGCUUCAACUUUUCCGAUCCAACCAUGUUGACCGUCAGCAAAACGGUAAUCCGGUCUUUACUGCUCUUGCCGCCAUGACACUUUUCUCCCUUGUAACAAAUUGAGCGGUCGGGAAGACAUUUGUAAAAUAGACCCGUCUCAUCGACAUUAAAAAUGUUUCUGGUUUCGUAGUCUUUAAUUAUUUCUUUUAAUUAUACUUUCCACUCGGAGCAAACUUCAGUUGAAACACUUGCACUCUCCCUACUUAGUUUUUUAAAAGCAAUGCUAUGCCGUUUCUUAAAGCGGUCGAACCAUCCAUCACUAGCCCAAAAAUCACUUGACAGAUCUAAUUUUUGGGCAAAAAUCUUCGCCUUCUCUCGCAAUAUACUCCCUGGUUGAACCACUUAACUAAAGCCUUUUCAAGUUGUGGGAACUCACCCUUCUUGAAACGUUUCAUUUUGCUAUUAGAGCUAGCCGCAAUGAUUUCAUCUUUUUUAUUUAAAAUUGAGGUGAUAGUGGAUGGAGGGACAUUAAACCGAUGAGACACAUCAAUUUGUUUCUCUUCACUAGCAACAGCCGAAAUUAUAUCCUUUUUUGUUUUGAUUGAUAAACACUUCUCUGUGGCGCCAUAUUGACUACAUAUAAACAAUACAGAACUUGUAAACAAAGCCUCCCACUUUUUAUACGUUAUGUAGAGAUUUUCCUCAGGGUCAUACGAAUUAUAAGACGUUUCCUUCACAUUGCAACCUGGAAAAUUUUUUACGCAAUACCGAGGGGACCGAAAUAUAUGGCGUUUUUACGAAUUAUCGAGAUUUUUUCAAGGGACCACCAGUUUUAUACGAUAUAUCGAGAUUUACGAUAUAACGGGAUACGAAUUACCGAGAUUCUACUGUAUAAAGUACAUCUUCCACACUAUAUGUUCCGGCUGGCAUUGCUUUACAUCUGACCAAAAUACAUUUUGGAAAGCAGAUGAAAAUAAAAAAAAUUAUCUCAUUUGAUUUGUAUACCUACCAUUUGCAUUUGCGACUUCAGUGUAGGAAAGGUGUAGUCCAUUAUUUGUAAAAUAGUUUAAGGGAUUAUAUGACUUGAUUUUACAACGGAUAUAUAUUUAUAUGUUUAUAUAACAUUUGACGAUGUAUAAUUAUUUUUCUACCUUGUCUAAUUAUAAUAGAGGUAAACAAUUUUGGGAAGUUAAAAUGAAUUUUUGAAAUUGUUUUUGCAUCCAGGAAGAAAACAUAUGUCCCAUUCAGCUGUUAAUAAAAAAUUUUUCAACAGGGAUGGUAGAAAUUUAUCAAGAAUUGGAAGACAACAAAGAAGGAAAUCGUAUUAGGAGAGUUCUUUUCAACUUCUACUGCAAAUUUGGCACUAAAUGAUGGUGUAAGUUGUCUUUGUUUAAGAUAUUGAGAAGAGAGAAAGUACGUCCAAUCCUCUUGAAAUAUAGGUUCGAGAAUUGCCAUAGCAUCAUCUUUACAAAAAGCGAUGGUGGAUCUUUACAAAGAAUGACAGAAAUAUAGGCAACUAUAUUUGGUAAUCGAAUGGUAUGGAAUGGUAAUCGACGGAAUUAGUCACAUAAGUAACUUCACUAGCUGGAUACGUAAUUUUGAUGUAAAUUUUUGGAAAUAGGAUUAUCCGACCAUUUUUUGAAAAUAGAAACUUUGAUGCUAAUAUAAUGGUCGUCUUAACAAGAUGGACGUUGAUCGAUGUAUUUUUGAAUGCCACGCAACUAAAUUGAUUCUUAUUUUCUAUAUAUUGAUAUUUGCGAUUUUUCUUUAGGGCUAUCUCAACUAUUUACCGGCGACCAAUUUCCUCAUAAGAGCUGGGGCGAAAUAUUACCGAUAAAAGUAAAAUAAAAUAUUAUAGAAUCGUUUUUCUUCGAAAAAUUGAAAAAAAACUUUAUAUUUAUAAGAAAUUUAGCUCACAUGAAGGUUUAUAUCUGAAAUUUGGCGAUACCUUAAUAUUUGUAAUA